CGCGUGUGGACUCAUGGUAACUAUUGUUUACGAAACGUAGCUUCGUAGGACUACAGCCAUCUCAGUGUGUGGAGAAGGGCAACAGAAUCUGAGCUACAUGGUUUGAACAAGUAAAAUUUUGCGAAGAUUUUUACACCAGCUAGCAUCAUGAAAUCUGAGAGUCGACAAAGAGCUGGGAAAAGCAAUAAGAGCAAACACCCACCACCUAAACAGAGUGAAGAUCGUCAUAACAUGGACAAACACAACAGCAAAGCAAGGCAACAGAGCAAUGAAUUCGACCAAAAAACAAACGUGACCUUCAGGAAAGUAGGUCUCCUCCUGCUCACCCUCACUCUCGUCUGUUCAACAGUCCUCCUCAUUGGUAGCUAUUUCCACAGCAGUGAAAUUGCAGGCAAUAACGUCGUGCAAUCGUGCCACCGUGGCUUGAGUGACUGUGUCGCGGAAUCUCCCAGCGUAAUGGCUGGUCAUAUAAACGAACACAGUCCAACUCAAAAUGGAAUUGACGAAACGUCUGACGAUGAUAAACAUUUGCUAGCACGUCAAAGCACUAGUGACAAGUCUGAUGUCAGUGAACAUAAUGAUGCCACAUACGACGAGAGUUCGAUAGAGGUAACAGAUACGGAAGAGAAAAAUCGAACGUCAGCAAACUCUGACGCUAGCGGAAACGAGCCGAAAACGAACAAACAAUAUGAUAACAUCGAUGCAAUAGAUGGCGCCGCCGGUAGCAAAACCGGCGUCAGCGACGAGCGGCAUCUCACGUCGCCCGCGCGGAGUCCCGUCGCCGGGGCAACGUUCCAACCGAUCUUCGGCGGCGGUGGCGACAUCAAGCGCAUCCUGUUCUGGACGCCGAUGUUCAGAGCGCGCGACUGGGACGUCGGCGUCGGCCGGCGAGCAUUCGACCGCUGCGCAGAGCGGCGCUGCGAGACGGUCGUCGAUCGCGCGCUGCUACUUUCCAGUGACGCCGUUCUCUUCCACAUGCGCGACGUGAGGCGGGGCGACGUCCCCGCCGCGCGAUCGCCGCGACAGAAGUGGGUGUUCGCUCUGAAGGAGUCGCCGUGGUACAGCUGGGCGCACCGCUUCACGGAGCUUCGCGACGCGUUCAACUGGACGAUGACGUACCGGCGCGACUCCGACGUGCCGUGGCUGUACGGCGAGUUUCGUCACAAGGGGGCGCCGGCUGACCGCGGCGAGUUUCCCCGCGAGGGGGCGCCGGUGCGGGGGUUCGCCGCGGGGAAGACGAAGCUGGUCGCGUGGUUUGCGAGUCGCUGCAAUGCGAUCAGCGAGAGCAUGCGCUACGUCGACGAACUACGGCGCCACCUGCCGGUGGACGUGUACGGCGCGUGCGGGCCGCUGCGGUGCCCACGCAGCGAGAGCGCACGUUGCUACGCGAUGCUCGCGCGCGACUACAAGUUCUACCUCGCCUUCGAGAACAGCGUCUGCCGCGACUACGUCACCGAGAAGUUGUUCCUUGCGAUGAACGCCAGCGUCGUUCCCGUUGUCCUCGGCGGCGCUGACUACCGGCGCCACCUGCCGCCGCGCUCCUACAUCGACGUGCGCGACUUUGCGUCGCCGCGCGACCUCGCGCGCCACCUCGCCGAGAUCGACGGUGACGACGCGCGCUACAACGAGUAUUUCGCGUGGCGGAGCGACUUCGAGCUCGCAACACUCACCGACAACGCCAACGCCAUCUGUGGUCUGUGUGCGAAGCUGCACGGCGACGACGGCGUGCGAGUGUCGUCAUACGAGGACGUGCACGCGUGGUGGAACCGCACCGCCGACUGCGAGAAAGGCAUCUACGAACUACUCGAUCAAGCGUGAGGCGGCCGGGAGCGGUGGUGGGGCGUGUGUGGCAGCCGCGAGUGAGGUGGCUGGGAGUGUGGCAGCCACGAGUGAGGCGGAGCAUUUGUGUGAAGAGUAACAGUGUCCGUCCAACUAACUUCGAGUUUAUGUGGCGAUUUUACUCUCCUGCGUUGCAUAGGAAUGAGGAGGGGGACAUUGAUUUUGAUGCUGAUCUGCCAUUCACGUGAAGUUAUUGGAGGGAUCGUGCAGGGGCAUUUUUUGCUGAUCUGCGAAGACUAGGCCCUUUGGCAUUGAGACCGCCUUUAGUUUCGUCGUAAAAAUUUCGCCCGCAAAUUUCUAAGCGUGUAAAACGAUAAAUCGUCAGACGGAUGCCACUUGGUAGCUUGCUCUGCGUAUUUUAUUGCAUAAAUUAUAUGUAGCUUAUCCUUAUCGGUUGUUAUCAGCACUGGCAUCUAGUUAGCACUAAUGGGAAGCCCAUGGUUUUACAUCAUUUAUUGACAUAUCCUGUCUGGUUGGAGAAAUUCAUAUCUGCUGAAAUACCAGGUAUGCUAAAAAUGUCAAAUUAUUUUAUUGCCACAAAAAUGAGAUUUUAAAAUGUAUUUUCGUCUGGAAUGCGAGAUCAUGUUAUGUCUCAAAUGGUAUUUAUAUAUAUAUAUAUAUAUAUAUAUAUAUAAGAAUUCUAAGCCACUGAACGUUUUUUAUUCAUGGAUUUGCAUUUUUAUACAUUUUUUGCAAUAUUUUAUAUUCUUACGAUCUGAUGAAGUAGGUAACCAUGCUCUAUGCAAUAUCAGGAAAAAUUCUGUCAUUUACAGUGUAUAUAUAAUACAUUGUGCUCAAUAAAGAUUUUUAUAUAAAUCUA